CCGCUGCGUCACUCCGCGUCGAACGUCCGUACCGGCUGCCGUGUUUGUUUGUCGCAGUGAAAUCGCGGCGUUUCCACUAGUGUAACAUGAAUUCCUACUGUCUGGACGUUGAGACUUUCAUAGGUGAAGUGAAGAAAUACCCGGAAAUAUGGGACAUUAACAGUGACGACCACAGGUUCAAGAGCAAGAAGCAACAAGCCUGGGCGCAGAUCGCUAGGGUCUUCAUAACUGACUUUGACGAAAUUCCCGAUAUUGAAAAAUAUGAUGUUUAUCGUAAACUGCACGGAAAAUGGCGAAACAUAAGAGACUCAUUCGUGCGUCAUCGUAAAAGAAAAUAUGGUAAAAAGGGCUACGUGUACGCAAAACAUUUGACUUUCCUAAGUAACUUGUAUAAUAAUAAGACCAGUCAAUCGGGAAGCGACGUGGAAUGUGAUAACCAGAGCGACGACGAAGACGCUAAGUUAAAAAGUGGAGGUGCUAAAACCAAAAGGUUCGAUCUGUUAUCUGACUCGACAAUGUGGGCCAGCGACCCAGAAGAUUCGCCCUCCACUAUAGAGAAUUUAAAAAGGAAAAGGACCAGCAAAGAGGAGACUGACAUCGAAUAUGUAGAUACCCCAUUCCCAGACGCAAGCGUUAGUUUUAGUACUCCGGUUGAAGACGAAGAUAGAUCGUUCUUCGAAUCGUUGCUACCUGCAGUUAGGGAGUUUAAUAUGGACCAGAAACUAGAAUUUCGAAGUGAAGUGUUGUGUUUAAUCAAGGGUUUAAGGUCGUCUACAGGUAAAAGGAACUUUAUCAAAUUAGACCCUACUACAGGUGACUUCUCAUAGUGAUAUUUGCUGAUAUUAUCAUUCCAUUUUUUUUACAGUUAAUAAAUGUUUAACAUUUUCAA